UGUUUGGGUGUGCGUCCAGGAAGACUGGUGGAAUUCAAACCUCAUUUCUUUAUGGACAACAAGGGCAGGAGACAUGACAUCAUGCUGCUGGAGCUAACUAAACCUAACACUGAUCAUAAAAACAUCAUACCACUUCCUGACUGUGGAAGUCGUCUCAAAGUAGGUGAUGAAGUUCAGAUUGCAGGUCAUGCAUCCACAACUAAAGGCCCUAAUAAUAUAAGAGUACCUGGUGAAACAGUGAAGCUCCAAUGUGCAAACACCGAGGUCGUCAACUGUCAGAAGCUCAGAAACUGUCAGUCAGUGUACUGGCAGUCUGUGGAACAUGAACACUGGUUGUGUUACCAAAGAGCUGGAGUGGAUACCUCUCCAGGUGACUCUGGUGGAGGAGUGGUGUUCAAUGGCAUGCUUUAUGGUGUCCACGUGUUCACUGGUAAUCCUACCCAUGCCUGACCAGCUGCAUUCAUGGACGUCUGUAAAGAAGAGUACAUGGAUUGGAUCUUAGACACUACCGGUAUUCCUAGACCCAAAACUUUUUGGGGCAAAGUAAAGGGAUGUGUAGGGUGUGGUUAA